CGGGCCGCAAGUGAGAGGUACGCGGGCCGUAUGCGGCCCGCGGGCCGCUUGUUGCCGACCGCUGUUUUAAAGGAUGAUUUCUGUGAUAAAACUACCCUUUGUCCUUCCUCGGGACUCGAAACUAUCUCCAUACCAAAUUUCAACUAAAUCGGUUCAGCUGUUUAGGCGUGGAGAGGUAACUGACAGACAGACAGACACAUUUUCGCAUUUUAUAAUAUAUUAGUAUGGAUUCAGUGGACUUUAAAAAUUGAAAUAGAUUAACUGUAUUUUCUUCCGCGCGUUAUCCCGGCUUUUUGCAACGGCUCAUUUAAGCCUGGGGUCCGCUUGACAACUAAUCCCAAUUGGCGUAGGCACUAGUUUUUACGAAAGCGACUACCAUCUGACCUUCCAGAGGGGAAACUAGGUCUUAUUGGGAUUUUUCACGAAGUUUUCCUUCACCGAAAAGCGACUGGUAAAUAUCAGAUAUGUGACGUUCCAUGGAAAAAGGUACCUUAUGGCGGCUGGCGCUUACGUCGCAUAGCGCCGCAAUAAUAUUGGAGCGGCGUUAAUAAUAGCGUAAGCGCCAACCGCCAUAAGGUACCUUUACAGGUGGGACGUCACAUAUUUCGUACAUAAGUUCCGAAAAACUCAUUGGUACGAUACGAGUCGGGGUUUGAACCCGCGACCUCCGAAUCCUUUCAAUCGAAAGUCGCACGCUCUUACCGCUAGGCCACCAGCGCUCUUAGUAGGUUGUUUGCAUUAUGUAUGUGUUAUUGAAAUUUCAUUUUUAUGUCAACUUUAUCGGGUAAUAAACCCCAUAGCGUGGCGAUAUUGACCGAUGUGUUCGUUUUUAAGAAUAAGUACGUGCGCCGCAUUUCUUGCGGUCACCCUUGCCAUCGCUCCGAACAGCGUCAACAUAAACCUAGAGACUAGUAUAAGGAUCGGAUCACGAGAAAACAUACACACAGUACUCGGAAACUUAACCAGAUUUCUAGACAAAGUAAAACAUGCUUUAUUACCAACACACAAGGUUUAUAUUAAACGGCGAGCGCAAGAAACAAAAUCAAAAAAAUACUUUACCAAUUUCUUAAAUGAUGUCGUUGAAACUAUAUUAAAUUUUAAAUACGACGAGACAUUUUGGUUCUUUUCUUGUCUGUAUAAAGAAAUAAAAUACUACUUUAAGUACAAAGGAUCAGCUUUUGCGGAUAUUGUGAAGAAUCCUGUAUUAAAAAAGUAUUUGGAAAACACUUUGAAGAAAUGGUCAGAAACUGAUGCUGACAAAAUCAAAAGGAAUAUUAGAAAUUAUGUAGCAAUUGCUAGAAAUAAAAAUAAUACUCUAAAUAGGAUCGGUGAUUUCAUUAACAAGUUUUAUGACGAGAAAGAUGAAAAGAAAAUGCAAGAAAUUGUUAAUAAACUAAAGAAUUGCAGUAAUGAGAAAGAUUUUGCCAACGCCGUAAGAUAUGCUUUGCACAAUUUGGUAAUUAAACAUUAUGAUAAAUUAAAUUACACUAUUAGGACUAAAAUAUCACAUGAAAUAAACAGAUUAAGCGAAUAUGCGAUCAAGAGACGGUCUAAAGGCGAUGCGGACGAUUUAAAAUCAAUUUUAAAAAAUAUUGAUAGAUUUGGAAACAAUACACAAACUACCAAAGAAGUUACAUCUGCAGUUAAUCGGAUAAGUAAAGAUAUAGAUGAUAAUAUAAUUGCAAUUCCGGAUAAAGGUUAUGUGUCAGAUGAUAUUGAAAUAAUAAAAAAUAAAUAUCAUUUCACUCCUAAAGGUAAUUAUAACAAUUCGGAAAACAAGAUUGUUUUUCGGCAAGAUACUGAGAAUAAAAUAAUAACUACAACUUCG